AUGCACGUCAGGGAUUUAGAGAACCCUGAAACUUCCGACGUGAAGAGGGCAGAAAAGUCAGAGGAAAGUGAGGAACCAGAAUCCUUGGAGGAGAAUUCAAGUAAAAAAGAUUUGAGAUCUGAGUCGGUUAUUGAUGUUUCGGGAAAAGUAUUGGAUUUUCCGCUGCUAGAGGGUGUGGAAAGCAUGGUAGAAGGGUUGUAUAUGUACAAGAAUGGGUUGUACUUGAUUCCCAGGGCGGUGGGUAGGCUCAAAGGCUUGAAAACUUUAAAGUUCUUUGCGAAUGAUGUGAAUUUGUUCCCUGGGGAGUUCAAGAACUUGGUAGAGAUGGAAACUUUGCAAGUGAAAGUUGCAGCGCCGGGAGUUAAUGGGUUUGAGUUAAGCAAAAUGAGGAAUCUGAAGGAGCUGGAGCUCAGUAGAGUUCCCCCAAGGCCCUCGGCUUUCCCAAUUUUGAGUGAGAUUGCUGGGCUUAAGUGCUUGACUAGGCUCUCUGUUUGCCACUUCUCCAUAAGAUACCUGCCUCCAGAAAUCAGCUGUCUUAACAAGUUGGAGUUCUUAGAUCUUUCAUUUAAUAAGAUGAGGAAUUUACCAGAUGAGAUAGCUUCUUUGAGUUCCUUGAUAUCGUUGAAGGUAGCUAAUAAUAAGCUGGUUGAGCUGCCUCCUGAAUUGUCGUCUUUGCAGAGAUUGGAGAACUUGGAUCUGUCAUACAAUCGAUUGACAUCCUUGGGAUUUCUCAAACUUGAAACAAUGCACAAUCUUCAGAGUCUAAAUCUUCAGCACAAUGAUCUACGUAGUUGCUGUCAAAUACCAUCAUGGAUAUGCUGCAAUUUGGAGGGAAACAACAAUUACAUAUCAAAUGAUGAAUCUGCAGAAAUGGAUGUCUAUCAGGGUGUAGUGCAGGAGAAUGAUAACAGUCCUAGCAAUAGCUCUUCAAUCACACCAAGGAGUCAUAUAACUGGUCUGUCACCUAAUAAUCGAUGCCUGUUGGCAAGAAGGACUAAGGGACGGAAAUGGCAGUGUAAUCGGCAACCAAGAACUCGGCAAGAGAGACUGAAUUACAGCAAGAAAUGGAAACUUGAAGCCGCAAUUCAAAAUUCUUCUGAAAAAUGCAUGGCUUGCAAAAUGUCCGUCCUUGGCGACAACUCUCUGGCAGAAGGUUCAUCUGCACUUGCAGAUGCUGAUGUUGACAAUAAAGAAUCGUUUUCUGGAGACGAUUUUUAUGAGAACUCACUUAUUAAUAUUGAAAAUGUAGAUGCUAAUACAAAGGACUCUGUUGUUACUUGUUCAUGUUCUGCACUUGACACUGUUGGGAUUCUCAAAGAGGUUGAGGGUGACUGUUCUGAGUCUCGUGCAACUUUGGACUCCCUUUCUGAUGCUGUUAAGGCUCUGGAUGAAGGCUCAUCUUCUGAAAUAUCUAACAGUAUAAUGAAGUCAAAAAGGCAUUCAGAGAAGGACCUUGAUAACCCGAAACCUACUAAAUCCCGAAGACCAACUAAUGAACCCUUAUAUUUGUCAUGCCAGUAUAGCAAAAUAUCGUUUUGUGGGGUUGAUGACCAAUUACCAGAUGGCUUCUAUGAUGCGGGUCGAGAUCGCCCCUUUAUGCCACUGUCUAGUUAUGAGCAAAAUUUGCAGCUUCACUCACGGGAAGUAAUUCUCGUUGACCGGGAAAGGGAUGAAGAUUUAGAUUCCGUACUAUUAUGUGCCCGAGCAUUGGUGUAUCAUUUCAAGCAGAUGAAUGGUUCGACUGAUGAACAGAGCCAUGUUGCAAUUGAUAAUUUACAGAUUGCAUCAUUGCUUGCUCUUUUUGUCUCCGAUCAUUUUGGAGGAAGUGAUAAAUUUGCGGCUCUGCAAAAGAUACGAAAAGCUGUUUCUGGUUCAAACUAUAAGAAACCAUUUGUUUGUACAUGUCCUACUGGGACUCGUGACGAUAUUAAUAUAGACACGAAGCAGAGCGUGGACAAUGUAGAAGAUAUUGUCUUCCUGGAUUUAUGUGAGAAGUCUCUUCAAUCCAAAAAAGCAAGGCUAAAUUCUAUUAUAGUUCCUAUUGGCGGUCUGCAGUUUGGGGUUUGCAGGCAUAGAGCUGUGCUGAUGAAGUAUCUAUGUGAUCGGAUGGAGCCGCGAAUACCAUGUGAGCUUGUUCGGGGUUACUUGGAUUUUUCUCCACAUGCCUGGAAUGUGAUUGUCAUAAAGAGGAGUGAGUCAUGGGUACGCAUGAUAGUUGAUGCAUGCCAUCCCCAUGAUAUAAGAGAAGAGACCGAUCCCGAAUAUUUCUGCAGGUAUGUUCCUUUAAGUCGUAUCAGCUCUCCUGUUGCAGCGAAUGGCGCUACCAGUCCAAAUUGUUCGUUUCCUUCUCUAUCUGUAUGUGAUGAAAUAGGAAAAUUAGCUUCUACCACUCUCAUGCGGUGUAAUUUUGGGUCACUUGAGGCUGCUGUGAAGGUGCGGACCGCUGAGGUAUGUGAGACUUCUGCCGAUGAAAUCAGGAACUUUGAGUUUAGUUGUUUAGGUCGUAUUUUACGGUCUGCUAUAUUGAUGGAGUACAUAAAAGGGGGUUCGUUGAAGAGCUAUAUGGAGAAACUAUCAAGAGAUGGAGAGAAUCAUGUGGCCGUGGAGUUGUCAUUAUUUAUUGCUAGAGAUGUUGCUUUUGCAUUGACAGAACUCCAUUCUAAACACAUCAUUCAUCGUGACAUAAAAAGUGAAAAUAUAUUAGUUGAUCUCGACAAGAAGAGGCCUGAUGGUACACCUAUUGUAAAGAUAUGCGAUUUUGAUAGGGCAAUCCCACUCCGUUCUUGCUUUCAUACAUGCUGCAUUGCGCAUGUUGGGAUACCUCCACCUGAUACUUGCGUUGGGACUCCUCGAUGGAUGGCCCCUGAGGUGUUUCAAGCAAUGCAUAGACGGAACAUGUAUGGGCUGGAAGUGGAUAUUUGGUCAUUCGGCUGCCUACUUCUGGAAUUGCUUACUUUGCAAGUCCCUUAUUCAGAGUUAUCAGAAUCAGAAAUUCAUAACCUUUUGCAGGUGGGAGAACGACCUCGACUGACAGAAGAGCUGGAGGUGUUGGCUCAAUCCGACAACGAGCUAGAGACUGACUCUGAAACACUGAAAUUUCUUGUUAAAUUGUACCUUCAAUGUACAGAGAAGAAUCCAUCUGAUCGUCCUACUGCGGAGAACCUUUAUAAUGCAUUGCUUGCCCGUGCAAGCAUGAUAUCUGUUUCAAGAAGCUCAAAACAAGAGUAG